AUUUUUUUUUGUGGCCAGAUAAACACUGAUUCUCUCAUGAUCUCCAUUAUUUGUUCACUAAUUAAAUGAUGGUAGUGAAGUCAGUAUCGUUGGUUGAGUUAAAAAAACAACAAUGGGCCAAAGAAAAAGAAGAGCUUGUAAAAUUAAACAGUUACUGGAGAAAUCAAAACACGCCAAUUGUUUUCAAUGACCAGAGGGGUCAUGUUAUUUAUCCGGAAAUACGUUCAAAUGAUAUUGAUCGUCUAGCUAUAUACAAAGAUUUACAAACACAAAAAAAUUUAAGUUUUCCUCCAAUUUCUCAGGAUAAUCAAAAACAAAACUUACACAAAAAUACCUACAUAAAUAAAAUUGAAAAAGAUCUAAACAUUGAUACUGGAGUGAUGGAUGAUUCCAAACCAAAAAGCACUCAUACAAUAUUAAAUCGGACAUACACAAUUUCAAAAGAAAACAAUACUAAUGAAAGAGGAGGAACACUAGAAAGACAAAAGUGGGAUAAACAAUAUAAUGCUUUAAAUGGUGGAUUAAACGAUCAAAACUUCAAUUCAAAUGAGAAAAAAUACUUAACCAAUGAAAAAAAUGAGACACCAACUUGGGUAGAAUAUUCAUCAGAAAACCCUUCUGCAACCAAUGAAAUUGGAAAAACACAAUUCCAAAACACUCAUAAACCUUCAGAUUUUGGAGGUAGCUGUGAUACUUUAAGUUCAUUAGAUUCAAACAACGUUUAUAACAGGACUUACUUGUUAGGGCAAAAUAUUCCAUUAACCUCUGAAGAAUUAGCAGCCAGAGAAAUUAAAAGGCAAAAAGCAAUGGAACUUCAAGAAGCUAUAAAACAACAGCUAAAAGAAAGACAAUUAAAAAAAAAGGAAGAACUUGAAAAGAAAAAACAAGACGAUUUGGUUGAAGAAAGACGUAUACAAAGACAACAAGAAAUUGAAAAAAAGCGGUUAGAAGACGAAUUGAAGCGACAAAGGGAAAAAGAAUUGUUUGACGAACGCAAAGCAAAAGCAAUGCAAGAAGUUUUGGAGAAUGCACAAAAACAAGCAAAGGAGGACAAAUCCAAACACAUGCAAAAAAAGCGACAAAAUCAGGAAGAAAUCAAAGAUAAGAUUUCUACAGAACCUACAGUGGUAGUCAGUAACAGCAGUGAAUCCUGUGAACCUAAGUGUGAAACUAAGUGUGAACCUAAGUGUGAAACUAAAAUUUGCCUAGAACCCAAAGCACAACUAAAUACAUCGAGUCCAGUAGAGAUUAAAGAGAUCCCUAAGUUGCCGGACGUCGACGUGACACUUCAAACUUCACUCUCUCCACUAAACCACCAAAAAGUGUUGACACCGAGCAAAUUUCGAAAUCAGACUACUAGUGUUGCAAUCCAAACUGACAUUUUAAAGAAACCCGUGAAAACUUCAGUUGGUAAUGCAUAUCAAAAAUCUAUAGAUUUAGACCAAAGGCCUAAAUGGGGAGUGAAUCGACCAGAAGUACAGUACAUCAAGCAAAGUGCCAAAGAUCCGAAUUACCAGUUGAAACUGAGACAAAAGUCGCCAUGGACAAGACGGAUAAAUAAUGCAAAUUCAGCGAAAAGCCAAUCACCAAACGUAAAUGGACGAGCCGGCUUAACGUUUCCGGAUAAUUAUUCAAAAAAGACGUUUGCAUACGGCCGGCCAAAUUUUGCAGAAAUGAAAAACAGUAAUAGUGUUUCAAAUAAAACUCCUUCGUUAUCAGAAAGCAUAUCAGUUAGUGAUGUGUUAUACCAAUUAUCAUCGUUACGAAAAGUACUAGAAACCAAACGAAAACAUUGGAAAAGUGUUAUUGCUGACGAAUCACCAUCAUCGGAUUCUUCAUGAUUAUUUAAUAUUAAAUUUAUAUAGCAUUAAUAUUAUCUAAAUCUUAGGACUUGGAACUAUACAUAUAGAAGUAGAAAAAAUGA